AUGGAUUACAAUUUGAUCAAAAAAUCAUUUGAAGCAGUGCUUCAGAACUUGAUAAAUCUGGAGCAGUUCAUCUCAAUCCUCGAAUCUUCAGUGAUUCUUGCAAUUGAGCUAACACCGAUUGUCGAUCUUAAGGUAACCAAUUUGGAAGGUGUUCUCACGGAGAGCUCUUUCCUUCUGCCAAAAUUGGAAACACUCUAUUUGAGUAAUAACUAUCUUCUCAAAGGAGUUUUACCAAAGAUCCACUCGAACAGCACUCUGUUGGAGUUGGAUAUUUCUUACACAGGAAUCUCCAGUGAGCUACCUAAUUCAAUUGGCACCUUGAUUUCCUUGACUCGCUUGUACCUCUAUGGAUGUCAAUUCUUUGGUCGCAUUCCUGAUUCCAUUGGCAAUCUUACACAAAUUAGGUAUUUGAAUUUUGGUUAUAUUCCUUCCACAAUCUCUAAAUUGAAGCACCUCACAGUUUUAGCCCUUUCAUCUAACUCCUUUGGAGACUUGUCGAGUAGUUCCCUAUCUGGACCACUUCCUAGCAAUGCAAGCAUGCUUCAAAAGUUAACUGAGCUGGAUUUGUCUUACAACUUAUUGAAUGGAAUUGUCCCGAUGUCGUUGCUAAAGUGUGAUGGUCUAGAAGUCCUUGAUGUGGGGAGCAACGCUAUAAAUGACACAUUUCCAGCUUGGCUCGGAACUCUUCAAGAGCUGCAGGAAUUGACAACAUUGAACUUUCUGGAGAUCUUAAACCUAUCUCAAAAUCUCCUUGUUGGAUGCAUUACUCAAGGUUCACAAUUCAACACAUUUGAAAAUGACUUGUAUGGUUGCAACCUUGAUUUAUGUGGUCCUCCUUUGUCAAAGCAAUGUGGAACAAGUGAUCGCCCGCAUGUUCCUCAAUCACUGGAGGAAGAAGCAGAUGAAGAUGAAUCAUAUUUCUUAAGUGGAUUUACAUGGGAAUCAGUAGUCAUAGGCUACAGUUUUGGACUAGUUGUUGGAACUAUCAUAUGGAGCCUCAUGUUUAAAUAUCGUAAGCCAAAAUGGUUUGUGGAAUUUUUUGACGGCAUCAUGCCCCCAUAA